AUGGCCCACCAAGCACACGCCUUUCAUAUAGUAGACCCAAGCCCAUGGCCCCUAACUGGAGCAACAGCCGCUCUUCUAAUAACAUCCGGCCUUGCCAUUUGAUUCCACUAUCAUACUGUUAUCUUAUUAACAAUUGGCCUAAUUCUUACACUUCUCACAAUAUAUCAAUGAUGACGAGAUGUUGUUCGAGAGGGGACUUUUCAAGGUCAUCACACAGCCCCCGUACAAAAAGGACUACGCUACGGAAUAAUUUUAUUCAUUACAUCCGAAGUCCUAUUCUUUUUUGGCUUUUUUUGAGCAUUCUACCACUCUAGUUUAGCCCCCACCCCAGAACUAGGGGGCUGCUGACCACCAACAGGUAUUGUCCCACUAGACCCAUUUGAAGUUCCACUACUAAAUACUGCAGUUCUUCUAGCCUCCGGGGUUACAGUAACAUGGGCUCAUCACAGCUUAAUAGAAGGAAACCACAAAGAAACAACUCAAGCCUUAAUUUUUACCGUCUUACUCGGCCUCUAUUUUACAGCCCUUCAAGCCAUGGAAUAUUAUGAGGCCCCCUUCACGAUUGCUGACAGUGUCUACGGCGCCACCUUUUUUGUAGCCACCGGCUUUCAUGGACUCCAUGUUAUUAUUGGCUCCACAUUCCUUCUAAUUUGUCUUCUGCGACAAGCACAAUAUCACUUUACCUCGAACCACCACUUCGGCUUUGAAGCCUCCGCCUGGUACUGACAUUUCGUUGAUGUCGUAUGACUGUUUCUCUAUGUUUCAAUCUAUUGAUGAGGCUCAU